AUGGGAAAUUCGGGCAGUUCACAGAAGAUCUCGGCCCAAGAUAGGGCCAUCCUCGAUCUUAAAAACCAGCGUGACAAACUGCAUCAGUACCAACGCCGUAUAACAGUCCUCACUGAUCGCGAGACCGAAAUUGCAAAGGAAUGUCUUGGGCGCAAUGAUCGGCGGCGCGCUCUUCUCGCUCUCCGGCGCAAAAAGUAUCAAGAAUCACUACUUGCAAAGACAGAUGGACAGCUCGCGCAACUGGAGCAGCUGACCGGACAAGUGGAGUUCGCGCUUGUUCAGAAGGAUGUGCUAUACGGGCUGCAGCAAGGCACGCAGGUGUUGCAGACGAUCCACAAAGAGAUGGGUGGUAUUGAGAAUGUUGAGAGGCUGAUGGGUGAAACCGAGGAUGCGAGGGCAUAUCAAGAGGAGGUGAGCCAGAUGCUGGCUGGUCAUCUGACGAAUCAGGACGAGGAUGAGGUCGAGGAUGAACUGGAGGCUUUGCGACGCGAAGCUGCUGGGCCAGAAGUGCUGCCUGAUCCGGUUGUUUUGCCCAGUCCGCCUACUGCGAAACCUGAGCGGGUUCAAGAGCCCGCGCCCGAGCCUGAGAGGGCUGAGCCUCGGACAGAAAGGAGGGAGGCAUUGCCUGCGUGA